UGCUUCUGUUUCAAAUAAACGCACUAGUUUCUCGCAAAAUAUUUCUUUCUUGUCUUUGUCUUUACCUUUGUGCUAUGUCGGGCUAGUGCUUAUUUAAGCGGUAACAACUUCCGGGUCACGUAAAUUGUCAUUGCCAAAAAAUUGUGCUGCAUGAAUUAAUUAAGGAGAAUCGUUUUGGAUAAAUAUAUUGAGGACAUGGAUUGCAAGGAGACUUUCAAAGCUUUCUUUGGAAAAUUGGCGUUUUAUAUUGCCUUACAUUCUUGGAAAGUGUGCAUCAUCAGCUUUCUACUCAAUGGUUUAUUGGGACUUGGAAUGCUAAAAUUGCCUGGCAAGAACCUCCUCAAUAACGAUAUUGAAGAAAUCUACAUGCCAAGAGAAACGAAAACGCAGGAAACGGAGCAGUUUAUACUAAGUAUAUUUCCGGAUUUAAGCGGUUCAGACUUCUAUUCACAUCAGGUUGUUAAACAGCCGUUGUAUGUAGAACUGAUCUUCUGGAGGAAAAACAAGCAAAGUCUUAUUAAUGGCUCGUUAUACCACGAUUUAAAUUCGUUAAUGCAAUAUGUCAAAAAUAUUACAGUGCAAUCUGCAAAUGGAACUGCUUUUGAUUUUACCCAUUUAUGUGCCUUAAGGAAUGACAAAUGCGUCAUUGAUGGAGAAGAUACCAUCAAUAAAUUGAGCGAGUGUACAGAUGGACUAUUACCAUUGAACAAAUUUAACUUUGAAAACAAUACCAUUCUGGAAAAUCCGUUAUUUCAGUUUGCAGAUUACAAGGUUGUGAACGAUACUCUCGUAAAAGCAACGUAUUUGAAAGUCCGUUUAAACCUUCGCCAAGACACUACAUUAUUUUCACAGCUUUCCAAACACUGGAUGAAUUGUUUCAUAACUCACAUGAAACAGUUCUCGAAACAAUGGCAAAGCAGAGAUCUCUCAUUUAUAUUCGCACACUCAAAAUCAUUUUUUGUUGAGCUAGGAAACGAUACAUAUACAGAUAUACGGUACUUUUCAUUCGUGGUCACUAUCUAUUUCUUUUACAUUGGGUUCGUUAUGUCUGGUGGAAAUAUUCUUGCAAAGAGGGCCAACAUCGGGAGAAUGGGUAUCAUUGUUACACCAACCAGUGUGCUUGGUGCAUGGGGUCUGCUAAUGGCAUGUGAGGUCGAAUUUACAAAUACAGUAGGCAUUGUUCCACUCUUUAUUGUAGAACAUCAAAUCAUCAACACAAUGAUAACUCUUUCGUAUCUGGCUGACGUAAACGACAAACCCGAUGCCAAACAGCGUUUAGAAUAUGCUGUAAAAAUGUCAGCUAUUCCUAUAACUACAACCAUGUUGUGCUAUGCUGUUCCGUUUGCUGUGGCAAUUUUUUCAAGGUUUUACGCUCUGGAGCUCGUAGGUACUUACGUAGUGGCUACCAUGUUGUUCAACUACGUCAACCAUUUUGUAUUUUACACUGCCUGUCUGGCUAUACACGAGCAACGUAUCGACGCCGGUCGUCACUGCUGUAUCUGUACGAAGUUGAGACCUAGAGAAGAGCUUGAAGGACGCAGCUGUUGUAUUAUUUGUUGUUGUAGUGGUAGCCGUCCUGAAAAUAGAUCUGACACUGAAAGUUCAAUUGAGAAGAUUUUCAGGAAAGCCAUGCUACGCUUCCUUUUGACCACUGCAUCAAAAAGCAUAUCUUUUAUUUCAUAUAUCUCAUUAGUUGCGUUUUCCUUAUGGGGUCUAGUUCACUACAAAGUAGACGUAAUUCAGAGAAACGAAGUUCUCUCAAGCUCUUACUUUCAUAGCUGGAAUGAAAAAAUGAGUAGCAUUUAUCAAAGGGAAUCAAUUGUACAAUUUGUGACAAUUCAUCCUAGAGGAUAUGCAGCUGACCGAGUGACAAUAUCAAAAUUAGAGAGGCAGCUGCAAUCGCAGUCAUUCUUGAAUGCUCAACUUCUUAUGUCCUGGGUUGAUUUGUACGACAAUAGUUCGUAUGCUAAUUAUACAUCAGAGUUAGCUUUGAGUCUGUUGGUCAGAAACAAAUUAAUUCCUCAAAAUAUGGAAUUUUCUCAUGACAUACGUUUUGAACGAAAUUAUUCAAAAAUUUCUGCAUUAAGAUUUUAUAUCAAAACUAAAGAUAUAUCGUCUACAUUGUCAGAGAUUUCACUUAAAAAAGAGCUCUUUGAUUUGGCGGAUACAGUUGAUGAUUAUCAACAGGACAUAUAUGAUGAUUUUGGUGAACAUAGUCUGCCUUUAAGUGCAAAAGAUAAAUUUGUUUCUCUACAUUCCCCCGAUUUCAUUUUUACUGACGCGUGGAAACAACCGCUUUGGGAAUUUCUAAUAUUCACGGGUGUGCAACUUGGACUCUUACUAUUUCUACUUUUUGUUUUGAAACCAACUUUGUCAUCCUCUUUUCUCAUAGCACUGGCGUAUCUCUCCAUGGUGUGUUGUCUGUUUGGAAUAUCACAUUUCUUAGGAAUUUAUUUGACACAAGUUUCUACCAUCAUUUACAUGUUGGCGGGAUGUGUCUUUAUCGAAGUUGUUGUACACACAUUUUAUUCCUAUUUUCAAGUUGAAGGAGUCAGCAAAGCGAUGCGUGUUAAUGCUGUUGUUAGUACGACCACACAGGCUUUAUUCCAUUCAAUACUCGGACAGCUUUUAGGUCUUCUGGUAUUGUUUGUUGUAAAAUCAUACGUUUUCGUGACGGUUUUCAGAAUUGCUCUUCUCACAACAGCUAUUUGCAUCAUGUUUUCCAUUCUUUGGAUACCUGUCUUACUCUCUUAUUUUGGACCUAGUGGCAUUGACGCUAGGUCAAAAAUACUUGAAAGAUACAAGAGGGAUCAGUCUUCUGUAAAUCUUGGAGAUAUAACAGUUAAUAAACAGACUGGGGUGGAUAACCCCACCUUUUUACAGAAUUAAACUGAACAGGACAAGUGAUAUAAAACGGGAUUACGAAUGUUUGUACAAAAAUUACAAUAUUCGAGGGAAUAAUGGACAGUGAAUUCUAUACCGACUCUAUUCUUGCGGAAAAUCUAGUCCCAUUCGUGCGACAGACAUUCCCAGACGGACACAGAUUCCAACAGGAUAAUGAUCCGAAACAUCGUUCGCGCAUGGCACGUGACUUCUUAGACGCCAGUCAGAUAAACUACCCUAAAUGGCCUGCACAGAGCCCAGACCUUAACCCAAUUGAAAUGGUAUGGGCACAGCUCAAACGAUAUGUCGCUAAAAUGGAACCAAGAACAAAAGAAGGGCUUAUCGAAUGCAUUAGGACAUUUUGGAGUGUUGCAAUGACUGUUGAGCAGUGUAACAUUUACAUCGAUCAUUUGUAUAAAGUUGU